CUGCCCAGAGGAGCCAUGGCUGCGGAGACCCUUUUGGAAAGUCUCCAGGAGGAAGCUUCAUGUCCCGUCUGUCUGGAGUAUUUCACAGAACCUGUCACUCUGGAGUGUGGGCACAAUUUCUGCCGAGCCUGCAUCACCCAGUGCUGGGAGGGAUCCGAUACAGCCACCUCCUGCCCUCAGUGCAGAGAAACUGUGCAACAGAGAAACCUCAGGCCCAACAGGCAGCUGGCAAAUGUUGUAGAAAUUGCCAAAAGGCUGAGUUUACAGGCAACAAAGGCAGCAGGAGGGGAUGGGGUGUGUGGGGAACACCAGGAGGCUCUGAAACUGUUCUGUGAAGAGGAUCAAACCCCCAUCUGUGUGAUCUGCAGAGAGUCCCGGGCUCACCGCGCUCACUCUGUGGUUCCCAUACAGGAAGCUGCCCAGGAGUACAAGGAAAAUAUUCAGGCCCAUUUGAAGACUCUGCGGGAAGAGAGAGAAAAGCUGUGGGGAUUUCAUGUGACUGGAGAGGGGAAACGCCAGGAGUAUCUGAAACAAAUACAAACCGAGAGGCAGAAGAUUGUGUCUGAAUUUCAGCAACUGCGGCACUUCCUGGAGGAACAAGAGCGGCUCCUGCUGUCCCAACUGGAGAAGCUGGACGAGAAGACUGUGAGGAUCCAGAAUGAAAAUGUCAGUAAACUGUCCAAGCAGAUUUCCCAUCUCAGUGAGCUGAUCGGUGAGCUGGAGGGGAAGUGUCAGAAGCCAGCAAGUGAAUUCCUGCAGGAUGUCAGAAGCACCUUGAGCAAGUGGGAGAAGGGGAAGUUCCAGCCGCCAGAGGAGAUUUCUCCUGAACUGGAAGAGCAAAUCAGUGGUUUCUCCCAGAAAAGUAUUGCGCUAUUAGAGGCUCUGAGGAAGUUCAAAGACAUUCUGCCGUCUGCACUGGAAAGAAAAAGAGGGCAACCACUAGGCACGCACAGACAGGCGAAUGUGACUCUGGAUCCAGACACAGUUUAUCCCCAACUCGUCCUGUCUGAGGAUCGGAAAAGUGUGAGAUGGGGAGACACACGGCAGGAUCUGCCCAACAACCCUGAGAGAUUUGACACUGUGUUCUGUGUGCUGGGCUGUGAGGGAUUCACGUCGGGGAGACAUUGCUGGGAGGUGGAGGUGGGGGAUAGGCGAUUCUGGGCUGUGGGGGUGGCCAGAGAAUCUGUGAGGAGGAAGGGACGGAUCAGCCAUAACCCUGAGGGGGGGAUCUGGGCUGUGGAGUGCUGGUGGGGGGGUCGGUUCCAGGCUCUCACCUCCCCUGUGACCCCCCUGCCCCUGAGCCAGGUCCCCAGCAGGAUCCGGGUUUGUCUGGACUGUGACCGGGGGCAGGUGACAUUUAUCAAUGCUGGUGACAAGGCCCCGAUCUUCACUUUCCCGCCAGGCUCCAUCCCUGGGGAGAGAAUCCGACCCUGGUUCUGGGUGUGGCUGGGAUCCCAGCUCAGACUGUGUCCCUGAGAUGGGGGAGCAGGGGAAUAUCUCACUAGGAGCCCUGAAAUCAGCCUAUCUAGCCUCGCACACCUUUGUCUCUAUGGCUCCUUCCUGUGUACUUUGUAUCAUCAAGUCUCUCUGACCCUGGAGGUUGCUUCCAGUCUCAACUCUGUGCAGCCUCUGGACUGUCAAACCGUAGAGAGCAUUGAGUGAGUGAGGAAGAGAAGCCAAAUCUCAUCACUGCCCCAGGGAUUGUGCAGCCUGUUUGCCACUGUCCUCUAUGAGCCAGGAAGACUCUGGGGAUCCUGGGUCAGACAGUGUCACUGAGACAUGGGGGGAACAGCCCACCGGGAAU